AUGAACCCGAAAGCCCCUGAGCCCCCGAGACCCAGAAACCCCGAGGCCCAGAGCCCCGAGGCCCCCCAAGUCCAGAGCCCCCUGAGACCCAGAACCCCCGAGGCCCAGAGCCCCGAGCCCCCCGAAUCCAGAGCCCCCCGAGACCGCCCGAGCCCAGAGCCCCCCGAAUCCAGAGCCCCCCGAGACCGCCCGAGCCCAGAGCCCCGAGCCCCGAGCAGGCGUGGGCAGAGGGGCGACGGCUGGCGCCUGCUCCGGGAGGCGCAGAGCAAAUCUGACCGCAGCAGCUGCGAGCGGGGGCUGAGUCGUUCCCGCAGGGGGAUCCUGCCGCUCGCUUGGGGUCACUCGCCUCCCAUUCCUGGGGUCCCGGACACCCCACUCAGGCCGGGACCUGGGCUGGGGGCGUCUCCUGCACGGGUUGUAAGAGGAGCACGCGGGUCGGCCCUGCUCUCCGCCCGGCGACCCCGAAGGCCCCUGGUCCCUCCUCGUCAAGUGGACAGAGGCGUCUUGGACUGGGAGGCCUCGGGGUGCGGGGUGGGGGUGAGGGGCUCCCACCUGAGGUCGCCCGCGCGAGCACCUGCGCGCUUCCCCGACGGGCCGCUCCCCGGGGUGGCAGCGCUGCGCCCCUGGAGCGAGAGGCGAGGGACCCCCGCGAACGGGAACCGCAACCCCCUCCCGGGGAGCACCUGCGGGCCGGGGAGGGUCCUGGGGGCGGCCCCCCUACAGGCCCCGCCCCAGGACCCGCCUUUGCGGGAGGGAGGUGGCUCCCCGGCCGCGGGGGACGCGCCCUGGAGCCGGGACUUGGACUCGGACCCGGACCCGGACCCGGACCGGACACGACACCCCCGCCCAGCCAUGGCCCGGCUCGGCCGCCUGCUGCUGCUCGCGCUGCUGGUCGCGGGCGCCGCCCCGCUGGGGGGCCGCUGGGGGCCCGGGGCGCGCAGGCUCCGCGUGCACCCCACCGGCAACCUCUGGGCCACAGGUGAGUCUGGGGGCCGCUCGCCCCCUCCCCCGGGGCUCCGCAGCCUCGGGCUCCAGCGGGCCGGGACCCGGGACCCUUCGGAUUUCACAGGUCACUUCAUGGGCAAGAAGAGCCUGGAGCCCCCCAGCCUGUCCCCCCUGGAGAUAGCUCCCCACACGUUCCCCCGGGACCCAAGGCUGCAGCUGAGUCACGAUCUGCUCAGGACCCUCCUGCUCCAGAAAGCUGUGGGCGCCACCCCCCGUGGCCCCCCACCUCACCCCCAGUACAGGAAGCUGUCAGUGCGAAUGCUGCAGAAGUGCUGUCAGUGAUGACAGGGCUCCACAGAGUGGCUGGUCCUGUGCCUGCGUGGGGAAGGUGCUGCAUGGAAGCCUGCUGGUGUCCCCUUCUGGGCGGAAAC